CCCCCGGGGUCAGCCUGCGGCGCCGGCUUUGGGGGUGAGCAGCAGGCGCUCGUUCCGGGCGUGGAGGCGGCGGUGCGGAGAUGGCAGGCACGGCGCUAAGGGUCGCGCGGCGGCAGCUGAGCGGGCGCAGCGGGGCUGGCGUCCCCGUCCUCCUGCGGCAGAUGUUUGAGCCUGUGAGCUGUACCUAUACCUACCUGCUGGGUGACCGAGAGACCCGAGAGGCCGUUCUGAUUGACCCGGUGCUGGAGACAGCCCCUCGGGAUGCCCAGCUGGUUAAGGAGCUGGGGCUGCGGCUGCUCUAUGCUGUGAAUACCCACUGCCAUGCAGACCACAUCACAGGCUCAGGGGCGCUCCGGUCCCUGCUUCCUGGCUGCCAGUCUGUCAUCUCUCGUCUCAGCGGAGCCCAGGCUGAUUUACACAUUGAGGAUGGCGACUCUAUCCGCUUUGGACGCUUUGCCUUGGAGACCCGGGCCAGCCCUGGCCACACCCCGGGCUGUGUCACCUUUGUCCUGAAUGACCACAGCAUGGCGUUCACUGGAGAUGCCCUGCUGAUCCGAGGCUGUGGGCGAACGGACUUCCAGCAAGGCUGUGCCAAGACCUUGUACCACUCAGUUCACAAAAAGAUCUUCACGCUUCCAGGAGAGUGUCUGGUCUACCCGGCUCACGAUUACCACGGGCUUACAGUGUCCACUGUGGAGGAGGAGCGGACUUUGAACCCUCGGCUCACCCUCAGCUGUGAGGAAUUUGUCAAGUUGAUGGACAACCUGAACUUGCCCAAACCUCAGCAGAUAGAUGUUGCUGUUCCAGCCAACAUGCGCUGUGGGGUCCAGACCCUGCCUUCCUGACAUGUCCUGUCAGGUGUUCCUCUCUGUCGUCAAGAAUGCACUGGAUGGAGGGGGGAGGGGGGCUGCCUUCCUGCACCUGCCUCCUUUCCCACCCCACCCCACAAGCUCCUCAAGUUUCUUAAGUAAAACAUUUGUUUUGCUCUGUGA